AUGUCCGUCAGCCUCCCAUACAUGUCCCCCAGCCUUCAUACAUGUCCCCAGCCUCCCAUCAUGUCCCAGUCUCCCAUAUGUCCCCAGCCCCACAUGUCCCCCAGCCUCCCAUACAUGUCCCCAGCCUCCCACAUGUCCCACAGCCUCCCAUCAUGUCCCACCAGCCUCCCCAAUCAUGUCCCCAGCCCCACACAUGUCCCACAGCCUCCACUGUCCCACCAGCCCCACAUGUCCCCCAGCUUCCCAUCAUGUUCUACAGCUCCCAUCAUGUCCCCAGCCUCCCAUCAUGCCCCAGCUUCCCAUCAUGUUCUACAGCCUCCCAUCAUGUCCCCAGCCUCCCACCAUGUCCCCAGCUUCCCAUCAUGUUCUUCAGCCUCCCAUCAUGUCCCCAGCCUCCAUCAUGUCCGCAGCCUCCCAUACAUGUCCCCAGCCUCCCAUCAUGUCCACCAGUCUCCUUACAUGUCCCCAGCCUCCACAUGUCCCGCCAGCCUCUCUACAUGUCCCCCAGCCUCCCAUCAUGUCCCCCAGCCUCCCACCAUGUCCCCAGCUUCCCAUCAUGUUCUCCCACCUCCCAUCAUGUCCCCAGCCUCCCAUCAUGUCCCGCCAGCCUCUCAUACAUGUCCCCAGCCUCCAAUCGUCACGUCUCAUACAUGUCCCAGCCCCCAUCAUGUCCCCCAGCCUCCCAAUGUCCGCCAGCCUCUAUACCCCCAGCCUCCCUUACAUGUCCCACAGCCUCCCAUCAUGUCCCCCAGCCCCCUAUACAUGUCCCCAGCCUCAUCAUGUCCCCAGCCUCCCAUCAUGUCCCCAGUCUCCUAUACAUGUCCCCCAGCCCCAUCAUGUCCACCAGUCUCCUAUACAUGUCCCCAGCCCAUACAUGUCCCCAGCCUCCCAUCAUGUCCACCAGUCUCCUAUACAUGUCCCCCAGCCUCCCAUACAUGUCCCUCAGCCUCCAUACAUGUCCCACAGCCUCCCAUCAUCCCCCAGUCUCCCAUACAUGUCCCCAGCCUCCCAUCAUGUCCAACAGUCUCCUAUACAUGUCCCCAGCCUUCCAUACAUGUCCCAGCCUCCAUCAUGUCCCCAGUCCCACAUGUCCCCCAGCCUCCCAUCAUGUCCACCAGUCUCCCAUACAUGUCCACCAGCCCCAUACAUGUCCCCCAGCCCCACAUGUCCCACAGCCUCCCAUCAUGUCCCCAGUCUCCUAUAUACAUGCCCCAGCCUCCCAUCAUGUCCACCAGUCUCAUCAUGUCCCCCAGCCUCCAUACAUGUCCCCAGCCCCAUCGUCCACCAGUCUCCUAUAAUGUCCCCAUUCCUAUACAUGUCCCCCAGCCUUCCAUACAUGUCCCCCAGCCUCCCAUCAUGUCCCCCAAGCCCCAUCAUGUCCCACAGCCUCCCAUCAUGUCCCCAGCCUCCCAUCUGUGUCCCCAGCCUCCCACACAUGUCCCACAGCCUCCAUACAUGUCCCACAGCCUCCCAUCAUGUCCCCAGCCUCCCAUACAUGUCCCACAGCCCCAUACAUGUCCCACAGCCUCCCAUCAUGUCCCCCAGCCUCCCAUACAUGUCCCACAGCCUCCCAUACAUGUCCCCAGUCCCCAUCAUGUCCCACAGUCUCCCAUACAUGUCCCCCAGCCUCCCAUACAUGUCCCUCAGCCUCCCAUACACAUGUCCCCCAGCCUCCCAUACAUGUCCCCAGCCUCCCAUACAUGUCCCCCAGUCUCCCAUCAUGUCCCACAGUCUCCCAUCAUGUCCCCCAGCCUCCCACACAUGUCCCACAGCCUCCCAUACAUGUCCCACAGCCUCCCAUCAUGUCCCCAGCCUCCCAUACAUGUCCCACAGCUCCAAUGUCCCCAGCCUCCCAUCAUGUCCCCAGUCCCUAUACAUGUCCCCCAGCCUCCCAUCAUGUCCACCAGUCUCCUAUACAUGUCCCCAGCCUCCCAUACAUGUCCCUCAGCCUCCCAUACAUGUCCCACAGCCUCCCAUCAUGUCCCCAGCCUCCCAUACAUGUCCCCACAGCCUCCCAUCAUGUCCCCCAGCCUCCCAUAA